AUGCAGAACUAUAUCGAAGAAGUAGCCCCUUGGUUCGAUGCACACACUGGUAAACGAUACUACUCGCGAAUUGAGAUUCCUAGCAUGCUAAGUUGCCCAUCAUGGAGAGCAGCAGCACUGGCAAUAUCGGCCAAGAACAUAGAACUGCGAGAGAAACGUACACUGACAGCAGGACCGGAUUCCUUACCGUUACAUCUAUAUCAGCUUGCCGUACGACUGGCGAUUGAAUCAAUGUCUGGCCGCUUUGAGCGUGUCGGCACUUUAGCUGGCUGUGUCCCUCUCUCCGUCUACGAAAUGAUGACCGUCACUUACGAUGAUUGGCUCCGACACGUCCAGGGUUGCGCUAGCAUAUACACACACAAUCGUUGGAACGGAUCCACGGGCGGCCUCAUCAGCGGCUGUUUCUGGGACUACGCGAGGAUUGACAUCUGGGCGGCUUUCUGUGCGCAGAGCCAGACUAUGUUAUCACCUGACACAUGGUUUGAUGACCCGGAAGCUAUGCUACGCUUGAGUAAAGUCGAGGAAGACACGCAUUCACAAAUUGCUAUCUGGCUUACGGCAAGAGUGGUGAAUCUGAUUUCCAACACCGCGCCUCCCGCAACAGACGCUCAGUUCAAUGACCUGUACGGUGCAAUGCUCAGCUGGGAAAGCAUGGGCAGCAUCGCCACCAGGCCCAUCGUCGUUCGAGACGCAAAUGUCGAGACCGAUCAUGCAUUUCUUAGCAUACUCUUCUCGACCCACAGCUCCACGAUUGACAUACCAUGUGGAAUAGCGCCAUGGUCCUUCUGCUGGAAAUUGCGGCAAGUCUUCGCCCGGAGGAAGCUCCUCCAUGCGCUUGCAGCCGCUGGAAUCAUCGAGACGAACAGUCAUACGGCAUGCCUGGCGAAUUCGCUUCAACCUGCGUUCAUCGCUGGCAGGCACAUGAGGACUAAGUCGCAGAAGUUUGGUGUGCUGGAGCUUCUCGCAAUGAUCGAGUGGAAGGCUGGCUAG